UGAUAAAUCAAAUCGGGCGGAAGUUAACAAUAAUGCUGCCAAUUUUUGUAUUAAUUUAUUUAUGUUCGGAGCUGUCUGAAGGCAUAUCUACAAAUCCUAUAAUAUAUGAUCUUACCUGGACAUUUGGAAAUGAUACAAUUUAUUGGCCUGGUUGGAAAAAGUUCGAGUUUACGAAGCAAAUACAUAUUGAAAACAAUGGCUUGUAUUCAGCUAAUGAAUUUUGUGCUGCCGAACAUGGUGGUACCCACUUCGAUGCCCCUUACCAUUUCUACCAAAAAGGAUGGAAAGUUGCUGAAGUACCAGUUACAAGAUUAUUUGCAAAAGGUUUGUCCAAUGAAGCUGCUCAAUGGAUAGUCGACGCAAACAAAUUCGUCGGUGUUGGACUGGAUACACCAAGCAUAGAUCCUGGAAAUACGACGGAUUAUUUUGUACAUAAAAUUUUCGCUGAAAAUUCAUUGUAUAAUCUGGAAAAUGUUAAACUGUUGGAUAACCUUCCGGAACGCGGUUUCAAUGUUGUAGUGGCACCGAUGAAAAUUGAAGGAGGUUCUGGAGCACCUGUUAGAGUUUUUGCUACAGUUGAAGAAUUAUAGUUCUAAUAAAGCACAUUACAGUGACAUCUUGUUUUGUUGUAUACAGUCUUAUUUUACAUAAUUAUACAAUAAUAAGCUUUAUUAUAGAUGGAGCCACGGUCUACAAAC